AUGGAAAUUUGGUGUACUGUGCCUUCAUUUAUUAUUCGACCCAUUGGAUCAUUGCGGGACUUACAGUUCGAGGAAAAAUUACCAACAGCUUAUGGAAAUGUGAAAGUGUCGAUUUAUGGUGAUCGAAAGAAUCUUCCGAUUGUUACUUUUCACGAUCUUGGCAUUGACUCUGAAACAACAUUCCAAAAUUUCUUUUUGUUCGGAUCAGGUGGCUUGUUUUUGGAGAAAUUCUGCAUUUACAACAUCAAUGCACCCGGUCAAGAAAUUGAUGCUCUUUCUCUUCCUGAAAAUUAUAUAUAUCCUUCAAUGGAUGGGUUAGCAGAAAUAGUUCAAUCAUGUAUCGAUCAUUUUGGAUUGAAAUCGUUCACUGGUAUUGGAGUCGGUGUUGGUGCGAAUGUUAUGUUGAGAUAUGCAUUGAAAAAGCAAGAAAAUGUUGAUGCUUUGGUUUUAAUCAAUUGUGUUGGUACUUCAUGUGGUUGGGUUGAAUGGAGUUAUGAAAAAGUAAACAUAAAAUAUUUGCGUUCGGUUGGAAUGACAUCGUUUACUAUCGAUUAUUUAAUGUGGCAUCAUUUCGGUAAGCAGACUGAUGAGUGUAAUAAUGCAAAUAUGAUUAGACAAUAUCGAACAUAUUUCCAACGUUUAUCAAAUCCAGCUAAUCUUGCUUCAUUUAUUGAGACGUAUAUUAAUCGGUCUCCACUGGUGUUUUCACGUAACCACUCGAAUGGUCCUCAUUUGAAUGUGCCAGUUUUGCAGAUGGUGGGGUCUGCAUCUGGUUUCGUUGAUGAUACAGUUGAGGUUAACAGUCGGCUAGAUCCCGCCACAUCUGAGUGGAUAAAGAUUUCUGAUUCAUGUGGCCUCGUGUUAGACGAUAAGCCGCAAAAUGUAACUCAGGCCAUUUUAUUAUUUCUACAAGGCCUUGGGCAUUUGCCAACAGUGAACGUGGCAAAGGCGAUUAAGCAAAUCAGUGAUAUGCAGAAAAAUUCUGAAAGUGAUGACGAACGUGCGUUUGAUUCAUUUGCAAUGGAAGAAAUUUGCGAUGCGAAUUUGCCUGUAUAA